UCCAGAGGUGUGCACCAGCCUUAAUACCCAACAACCUUGUUGUCGAUCUCGUGGACGCGGAGCCCACACUUCGAAAACUCAACGGCCUCCGAUACCCAAGGGGGUUAAAAAUGUCGCGAAUGGCUCUAGACACUCUCAGUUUUCUCUCAGCUUUUCACCGGACUAUGUUAGGGACGGGAUACGGCGGCUGCUUUCAGGGAGUUAUCUCAGAAUUGAAGGGCCCUGUCUGGCCCUCUAGCAGUGAAGAUAUUUAUUCGGCCAGGAAGUCGCAAGUAUCAAAUCAUUCAAAUUGGACCCUAGGGUACUUCAUCCUGUCGACGGAGAGAAUGGACUACAGAUACGUGUCGCGACCCCAAAGAAGAAACCGGGGCGGAAGCCUUCGGGUUUAUCAGGUACGAUAAGAGCCCUGGGUAAGUGAUAAUAAGGUCAACUCGAGUCCGAAGCACUCCAUUUUGGCCAGACUAGAAAGAAAACAGGGAAAAAGGCAGCUCGUCGGAUGCCAUGGAGGGGCCCAAAGUUAGCGGCAUUGGUAAUGACUCGAGGAGGCAACAAUGUCA